AGAAUUUAGAGGGCCACUGAUUUCUGCCUCCGUACAACAGUGACCCCAUUCAAACCGGCAAUGUUUGCUCCAUAAAUUUACUUACUUCACCGCCUAACAAAAUUCAUAGCGGCUAUCUGAUUCACCGGCAGUGACACCGUCAUACCUAGCCUUGAAUUGCCGACUUAACUCCGCCAUAACUCAUACACCCAAACUGCUUCUAAAAAAAUAAUUCCUUCGAUCGUUCACCCGCGGGCUCCUGUUCGAGUCCAGUUCCUCUAAUCAGCUAUGAAGGGUCAGGCAUUCAUCUUUCUGAUUUGUAUUACUUCAUUUCUUAUUGAAAGAAGUCUUGCUGGUAUUUUUGAUGUAACACGUUAUGGCGCUUCUGGAGAUGGAGUGCACGAUGACACUCAAGCAUUCAAACAAGUUUGGAGAGCUGCGUGUAGUGAUGAAAAUCCAUCAAUACUUCUACCAAGUGAAAGGUCAUUUCUAGUAGGGCCUAUUACAUUUCAAGGGCCUUGUAAGUCAAUCAAUAUUCAUAUACAAUUAUCAGGAUCUAUUGUAGCACCCAAGGACCCAGAGGCAUGGACAGGUUGUGAAAAUGUAUGUUGGAUUUAUUUUACAGGAGUUGCUGGUCUUUUUAUCAAUGGUUCUGGUACUAUCAAUGGCAAUGGCCAACGAUGGUGGGAUACUCCUAGCCGUACCAGGGUGAACGGGACUUGCACUAAGCCAACGGUGGUUCAAUUUAAUUACUGUAAUGGACUUAGAUUGAAUGGAAUAAAGCUAGUGAAUAGUUCAAGGGACCAUAUAAUUCUUACUUAUAACAAGGGAGUAACGAUCUCAAAUAUUCAUAUAAGUGCACCAAAUUAUAGUCGCAAUACUGAUGGUAUCGAUAUCUUUUUCUCUAGCCAAGUUCAAAUUCGAGACUCCAUUAUUCAAACAGGUGAUGACUGCAUUGGCAUCAAUACUGGAUGCUCUGAUAUCAAUAUUACUGGUAUUAGGUGUGGACCAGGUCAUGGUAUAAGUAUUGGAAGUUUAGGUCCAAAUAAUACAUUUGCUAAUGUGGAAAACGUUUAUAUAACAAAUUGCCACUUAGAGGAUACCCAAAAUGGUGUUAGAAUUAAGUCAUGGCAGGGUGGUUCAGGAUAUGCUAGGUCUAUACAUUUUGAGAAUAUUAACCUCAAAAAUGUAGAAAACCCAAUCAUUAUUGAUCAAAAUUAUUGCAAUGGUGGUCAUUCAUGUCAACCUCAGGUAAGUGCAGUUAAAGUGAGCAAUGUAACAUACAAGAAAAUAUAUGGAACUACAAGCAGCAAGCUAGCAAUAAAUAUGAAUUGUAGUAAUAGCACAGCUUGCACCAAUGUUGAGUUGGAGAAUAUCUACAUAACUUCAGUUGAGCCUGGAAAAAAGAUUUUUGCUACUUGCAAUAAUGUUAAAGGAAAAGCCUCUUCAAACUCACCUCAUGUAUCUUGCUUGUCACAAGGAUAAUUAUAUAGAAAAAUAUUUCAUUUA